AUGCCUGUGACGACAUUGUGGCUGAUAGUGGACAGUCACUAUGAACAAGAUCGGAACGCGCUUAAAAGAAAAGAAUGGGAACGGAGAAACCAAGAAGUCCAGCAAGAUGAAGACCUCUUUGCAUCUGGUUUUAAUCUCUUUGGAGAGCCAUACAAGACCAGCAAAGGUGAUGCUCUUGCCAACCGUGUCCAGAACACCUUGGGAAAUUACGAUGAGAUGAAGGACCUGCUGACAAAUCAUUCCAACCAGAGUCACCUUGUAGGCAUCCCAAAGAAUCCUGUGCCACAAACCCCAGUAGAUAAAAAUGAGCCGAGCUUUUUCCCAGAGCAAAGGAACCGGAUGAUCACACCCCACCAGAUUGGUGGGAAUGCCUCCACUGCUAUGCCUCCCCCAACUUCCCUAUCAUCCAAUUCAAGUUUGCUGCAUGGCCACCAGAGCAACAGGAAAUCCAGGACUGACUGGUCCCGUAGCAACCACAGCUCUAAUGGUGGCCAGCCAAGCCAACCUAGUAGCCAGCCAAAUCGGACAAAACAUGGCUCUUCUCAUGAGCCAUCCCAAGGCAGAUAUGAGGACCUCUAUACCUGCCAGAAUGAGCCACAGAAAACUGGAGGAGGGGAGGAAGCCAACACACCGCCAUCAUCUUCACACUCAAGGAGGCAUAAUCAUUCCAAGUCCACAACGGCAGAACACUCAUACAAAGAAACCACCCAUUCGAAGUCUCCAGUGGAUCUUGACUUUCUGAGCCAUGGAUCUCCUCUCCCUUCUACAUCCUUGUUGUCUACCAGUAACAACCUUUCCAACCAGAAUUUUCCUCCUGGACUUCACUGUAAGAGUAGUAUGACCCAGCAGAAACCCACUGCUUAUGUUAGACCUAUGGAUGGCCAGGACCAGGUUCCAAAUGAUUCACCAGAAUUAAAACCACCAAUAGAAACUGAAGGUGUCUAUGGAAACCAAUCCUUUGGAAUUCUGCUGGAGGGGAAAACCACCGGAUCCAGUUCAAAGAAUAAAUUACCAAAGCUUACUAUCCCCCAAAUGAGUGAAGUUAGCCUUCCCAAUGAUUCCAACUGUGUGGAGGAAAUACUACGGGAGAUGACCCAUUCUUGGCCUCCACCUCUCACUGCUAUCCACACUCCUGGGAAAGCUGAACAGAACAAAUUUGCCAUUCCAAGCAAGGUGCAGGAUUGCCAGCAUCUGACCUCAGGAUACAAUGUGCAAAAAUGGAAUGAGCCUACCAGUAAAGUUGCAACCAAAUCCGUGCCACAGAAAUCAAUGCUUGAAGAUGAUCUGAAACUCAGCAGUGAUGAAGACGAUAAUGAUCAGACUGCAGAGAAGACAAAGCCUCGAAACAUUCCUGCAAAUGGCCUUCCAUUGCCAACAGUGCACAGCACAGUCCUAAUACAUUCCAGUGGAGGGUCUGGAAGCUCCAGUGAAUCUGAGAGUAGCUCUGAAUCUGAUUCGGAUAGUGAAACCAGCUCCAGUGACAGUGAAUGCAACGAAGAAUCCCGCAGCGGAACCCCAGAGCCUGAACCCCCCUCAGCAAACAAAUGGCAGCUGGAUAAAUGGUUAAAUAAAGUCAAUCCCCACAACAAGACGAUCAUCAACAACCAACAUGACAGUCACGGGGAGAACAGUGCACAGUCCCAGAGCAGCACCCAGGUCGAAGGACAGAACAAAGGGAAGGUUAACAACAGCUUGUCCCUGACCGAUUCCAAAGACAGGGCCCUGCGCAGCCCCACCCGAGAGAAGGCAAAACCCCGUGUGGCCCAGAAGACCCCAGCAGAUGUGAAAAGUUCCAAGCAGAAGUCACCGGCGCACAAUGAGACGGCCCCCCAAAGGACGACUGGGAAAAAGCAACCCAAAAAAGUCGAAAGAACGUCCAGCGCAGAAGACUACAACUGGCCAAGACCAAAUAUGACCAGCAGCACCCCCAAAGACAAGGAGGCGCAAGAGAGCCCAGAGCAGGCCAAGCUGCGGGCAAAGAUCGCUGCUGGGAAGACCGCUCCGAGGAAGGAGCCUAGGACAACCACGGGCCCUGCUCUGGAGAAGAAAAAGUACAGGGGCCCCAGCAAAACCCUUCCCAAGUCACGGGAGUUUGUGGAAACAGAUUCGUCCACUUCGGAUUCAAACACCGACCAUGAAGAAACCCUGCAGGCCAAGACCUUGCAGGGGGGGAGCGGCUUGGACAGUGGCAUCAAAGCCAAGGACUCCAGCAGCAACCUUCUCAGCGUCAGCAGCUUAAUGAGCAACCACAGCAACACCUCAGUGGACCAGAACGGGCCAGAUUCAGAGGAACAACUUUUCUCUCCCCUCCCCAUCGUUCAGAAUGAACCCCUGUCCCCCUUGAAGGAGUUGGAAGAGCUCAAGUACCUUUGGGUGAAAAUAGAUCUGAGCUUCCUCUCUCGAGUCCCCGGGCAAGAUCUGGACUUUGAGAGCCUCUCUGGAAAAGUGGAAUCUCGAGAGGGCAGUGCCAGGCAUAGGCGGCAGGCUCACGAUUCCCCCCUGCCCCCUGCUGAAAAACCCUCUGCUAAAACCAAAAGGAAGCAUAAACAGUCCGAAAACGUGGACACAUUUGGCGAAAACAAGAAACAACGUUUGGAGGAGUCUUCUGCUUCAUGCUUGCUUCCACCUUGCAUCUCUCCAAUACCCAACCACAGAAUAACCGGCACAAAAGAAAGCAACUCCAUUAAAAAAGUGACCAAAAAAAGGGAAGAAAAGCUCUUUCCACCUCCACUUUCUCCUCUGCUUGACGAGACAGCACCCCGGCAUAACAUCAUUGACAGCAGCUCCUUCAGCCAAGAGAAUUCCCUACCAAACCCCUUGCAGACCAACACCUGCUCCAAACACAGGAAGAAUGAGAACAAAUCUUCUGCCAUCUCCAAGGAGGAAGACGCCCACAGCAGGUCUUCAAAUACUCUGCUGGAAUCUAGCCACUUAGACAACGAUCUUUGGUUGACAGCUCCUACCUUCACCAAUGGGAAUCCUGAAUUGAGAAGACCUAAGAUAACAUUUGAUGAUAUGCUUCACAAUGCUGAUUACUAUAUGCAAGAAGCCAAAAAACUCAAGCAUAAAGCAGAUGCCCUGCUGGAAAAAUUUGGCAAAGCAGUGAAUUAUGCUGACGCUGCUAUCUCUUUCAUCGAAUGUGGGAACGCUAUGGAGCGCGAUCCAUUAGAGGCGAAAUCUCCCUACACCAUGUAUUCAGAGACUGUGGAACUCAUCAGGUAUGCCAUGAGACUUAAGAAUUUCACUGGGUCUUCUGCCACAGAAGGAGACAAGAAACUUGCAGUUCUCUGCUACCGCUGCUUAUCCCUUCUCUAUCUGAGAAUGUUUAAACUAAAGAAAGACCAUGCAAUGAAGUACUCCAGAUCCUUGAUGGAAUAUUUUAAGAAUUCAUCCAAAGUUUCACAGGCCCCUUCUCCUUGGGGAGGCAAGAGCACAGAAACGCCAUCCCCAAUGUCUCUGAGCCCCUCGCCCAUCAGCAACCUUGGAAAUACCGCAAGCGCUGCAGGGUCCUCUUCGGUGGGGACUGUCUCCAUCCCCCAGCGUAUCCACCACAUGGCUGCCAGCCACGUCAACAUCACCAACAACGUCUUGCGGAGCUACGAACAUUGGGACAUGGCCGACAAAUUGACAAAAGAAAACAAAGAGUUCUUCAUAGACCUGGACUUGGCGAUGGGUCCAUUGACGCAACACAGCAGUAUGACCAACCUGGUCCGUUACAUUCGUCAAGGACUCCAUUGGCUUCGCACUGAAGCACACUUGUUGUAGUGAUGGCCAUCCUACCAGUCACAGCUCCAUCCCGUUACCUUCAUCGGCACACAGGUGAUCACCGAUGGAAAGCCACUUCCUCCUGGAACUGUAUUCAUAGAGUUUAAUUUUGUUGCAUUCUCUCUUCCUGUCUUAUACAAAACACAAAAUAUUCUAUCUGUCAGAAGUGGAAUUGCCAUAAAUGGAAAAUAUAGCUUCCAAGCAGGGUAUGUGUUCCUACUGUUGAAUCAGUGUGGAUUGUUUUCUUUGCCCUGGAUCUCCUAGAUCCUGCCAAUCUUGCCAUCUGUGACAUGCUUUGUACAGAAUGGUCACUCCCUGCAGUAUUGCACUUUGGCCAAGAUAUAUAUUUUGGGGGAAAGGCUUACAUUUUUGAGAGCCCCUUUCCAAAAGCUCUCACCCCUGCCAAUUAAUGCAGAGAAACUCAGUCUUUCCAACCCAACAUUGCCCUUCUGAUGCAAAUCAUCCUGUCCUCAGUUUAGUCCUGACUUGUUACUUGACAAGAGGUCAUUGUUACAAUUGCAGAAGUGUGGUUCUUUAACAACUGCAACUUCAAGCAUUUUCAUGCUGCUGUAGACACUGAUACACACAUACACAUGAACACAUUGAAAUACCCUGAAAUCACAAAAGACUUUGGGAGAUUUCUAUAGAGAUGCCAGUAAACUAUAAUGUUUUGUAAUUCUGUUUUGUUGACCUACAUUUUUGACAGAACAGCACAAUGCCCUUUUUAAAUCUAUUUCACCACCAUGGAAGUCUGCGUGCGUCUUUUAAAUGAAAAUGUAUCCAGUGGCCCAUGUUGUAGGACUCAUCCAGAUAUCUCUAAUCUGAGAAAUCAGGGAUGAGUUGGUUUUGUUAUUCUAAAUGUGUGGGGCAAUCUAUGUAUGUAGAUUCUACUAUGGCACAAUGAAACCUGAUUUAAUUGAACCAUUUGUGGGGAGACAAUGUCCGUUACUCUUGAAUGUCCACUAAAUGCAACAGUAAUUACCCUGGCAAUGUAUAUCGUGAUGGAAAUGAUGCCAGAUGUCAUUAUAUGAAUGAAGCUACAUCAUUACCCAAAUGAUGCAGAUUGACCCACAUUAUACUGUUUGCUUCAUUUGCAUAAUGAUGUCGUUAUUGCGCAAAGAUCCAUUGAAGCAGCAUCAGCUAGACUUCUGGGGAUGUGAUGGACUGGUCUGCUGUUUCAGAGGGAUGUCCAGAUGGGAAAUGUGGUUGUGCGCAUCCAGAGUCUGCUAAAUAGGAGUUGGUUAAAGCAAGGUUUCACUGUACCCAAUCGGUUCUCAUCUACGAUGGCUCCGUAUAAUCACUGUGUGUAAUGACUCCAUCCUUAAGGCAGCCUGGAGCGUGGUUUUCUUCAUUCCCUGCUGCAGGGCUUCUGGGAGGCGCUUUUUCCUUUCAAACAUGUCCUCCCUUAUGGGCUGCAGUGUGUGUGAUGCUCCACUCAGAUUGGUUUUAAUGAAGUCCUCUAGGCCCGAACAGGAGUCUAAUUUCCGCAGGAGGGCAAUAGCUUUAAUGGGACCACCAAGCUGUCCCAGAACAGGUAGGGGAGCUCUCAAAUUCUUCAGAACCCUUCAUCAAGCAAGACGUUGCAAAAACGCAGGGGAUGGAAAAGAAGCCAGGAAAUUCAAGAAUUAAGUUUCUUGUCCUCCUUCGGUUAACUUUCUGCAGAAAGAGAUUCUUUGGCUGACAGCGGCAGAUGGACAGCUGUGAGAUGCAGAGUUUUCCCAGCAGCGGAGGGUGAUAUAUAUUGAAUAAAUAAUAAAUAAUCAUCCUCUCUCCCCAACUACAGCCCAUCAGACUGGAUGCCACACAGCAAUUGAUAUCCCUAUCAGUGGCUUUUCAGCAGGAUUCACCAGUUGUUUGCCUCCACCUUUGUUUUCAAUGCUAAAACUAAAGCCUGGGAUAUAGGGAGGAAGACAUGAUUAAAAUCCCCUAAACAGCUGCAGGGUGUAUUUCUUUUAUCACAAAAAAGAAGUCAAAACACAAGGGAUAAGGGAACAAAGCCUUUAAGAUCAGAGUCAGCUUCCAUUACAGACUGCCUUGAAGUUCAAAAUAUUUUUUUUUCUGAAAACAAUAAAUAAGCCUUUGUAAGCCUUAUAGAGUUGUCUUAUAAUUUAAUUUAUAAGCCUUAUAAAUUUGGACCAGUGCCAUAUCAGUUUAGAACAGCUGCAGUCAUGUACAUGCUUACCUGUGAGUAAGCCUCCUUGAAUUCAGUAGAGCUUUAUUUUAUUUUAAGUAGACUCCCUUCCAUUAAUUUCUUUUCCUAAUUGGUUUUAAACUGGAGAUUGGCUAAUGUCGUUUCGAUUUUGGUUUUUUUGGCAAAGAGCACAGGUCCUCCACAACAGAAUUUGUACGAAGGAAUAAACUUAAGGAACCAACUUAAGGAAAAUCCUACUAAUGUUAACAGUUUAACUGUAAAUGUCAGGGGGGGUUGGGGGAAUAAACCACGAAAAAUAUCAAUCAUAUAACAAUGUAAAUACCAUUCUGUGUCAUCAUUUCUCCAGAAUAAUAUUCCAUUCGUAUUAGAUAAUUGAGAGGAGAAUCAUUUGUAACUACAUUCCGUUAUAUAAUCCUAUAAUUUCAGAAACUAACAUAUCAAUGGGUCACACCAUUGGGACAUCUGGGGGAAAAGGUUUUGUAUUCACGUGCCAAGAUUUUUAACAACUGAGUCCAAAUCCAGUUUUAAAGGUUAACUUGACGGUAGUCAACAAUUCACAUUAUUUUUUUAAAAAAAGAAAUCUAAAUCUUAAAACAUUUUAUUCCACACAAUACCACUGUAGUUCAAAAUUAGAAGGUAUCUCAAGCAACGUUGGGCUGGUCUUGCAGAGAUUAUCACCAGAACUUGAUUAUCUCAACUAGGUUAGGAAGAUUCUGCAUCCAAGGAUAGAUUCCCAUAGAGAGUUUUUCUGAAACUCAUGACUUGGGGUAUGAUGAGAAGGACAGAGAAUUCCAGCAGCUGCUGGUGCUUCCUUAACUGGCUUCAGUCUGGAGAUCUUCUUUGCUUGUGUGUCCCUAUGCUUCUGUAUUGGAGGCUGAACAUAUAGGGCAGGGUUCCUCAACCUCAGCAACU